GCCGGCGCGGGCGAGCGGCGGAGGCCGGCCUGCCGGCGGCCAUGGACCGCUUCGUGUGGACCAGCGGCCUCCUGGAGAUCAACGAGACGCUGGUGAUCCAGCAGCGCGGCGUGCGCAUCUACGACGGCGAGGAGAAGAUAAAAUUUGAUGCUGGGACGCUCCUUCUUAGUACACACAGACUAAUUUGGAGAGAUCAGAAAAAUCAUGAGUGCUGCAUGGCCAUUCCUCUUUCCCAGAUUGUGUUCAUUGAAGAACAGGCAGCUGGAAUUGGGAAAAGUGCCAAAAUAGUGGUUCAUCUUCACCCUGCUCCACCUAACAAAGAACCUGGUCCUUUCCAGAGUAGUAAGAACUCCUACAUCAAACUCUCCUUCAAGGAACAUGGCCAGAUUGAGUUUUAUAGGCGUUUGUCUGAGGAAAUGACACAGAGAAGAUGGGAGAAUAUGCCAGUUUCCCAAGCUUUACCGACAAAUAGAGGACCCCAGCCAGGAAGAAUAAGGGCUGUGGGAAUUGUAGGCAUUGAAAGGAAGUUGGAAGAAAAAAGGAAAGAAACUGACAAAAACAUUUCUGAGGCCUUUGAAGACCUCAGCAAGCUAAUGGUCAAGGCUAAGGAAAUGGUGGAGUUAUCAAAAUCAAUUGCUAAUAAGAUUAAAGACAAGCAAGGUGACAUCACAGAAGAUGAGACCAUCAGGUUUAAAUCCUAUUUGCUGAGCAUGGGAAUAGCUAACCCAGUUACCAGGGAGACCUGUGGCUCGGGCACACAGUACCACAUGCAGCUGGCCAAACAGCUGGCUGGGAUACUGCAGGCGCCGCUGGAGGAACGAGGGGGAAUAAUGUCACUUACGGAGGUAUACUGUUUAGUAAACCGAGCUCGAGGAAUGGAGUUGCUCUCACCAGAAGAUCUAGUGAAUGCAUGCAAGAUGCUGGAAGCGCUACAGUUACCUCUCAGGCUCCGAGUUUUUGACAGUGGCGUCAUGGUAAUUGAGCUUCAGUCCCACAAGGAAGAGGAAAUGGUGGCCUCAGCCUUGGAGACCGUUUCAGAAAAGGGAUCCCUGACAUCAGAAGAGUUUGCUAAGCUGGUGGGAAUGUCUGUCCUGCUGGCUAAGGAAAGGUUGCUUCUGGCAGAGAAGAUGGGCCAUCUUUGCCGAGAUGAUUCAGUGGAAGGCUUGCGGUUUUACCCAAAUUUAUUUAUGACACAGAGCUAAGGGUUUUGUAUUUAAAAUACUUCGUGUCCAUACACUUGUAUCAUGUAGAGGUUGUAUGACAUUGAGCUCAGAGUAAACCUUGAUGAACUGAGAAUUUCUGGAACUUUACACUAUAAUAUAAAACCCUUUUAAUUUCUCCCUAAAUAUUAUGGUCCAGGAAGUUUACUUAGGAUAAAUAUAGGAAAAUACAGAAAACUGAAUGCCACAGUGAGUUGGAAAUCAUGCUACAGUUGUAUAGAGCCCUCAGGGUUUAACUUGAAAUAUGGUGAAUUUUAACUUGAUCCUCAAAUCUGUUUUUUUAAAGAAGGGAAUCUAGUUAUUAAUGGGGGAAGAAGUUGAGUGUUUGGACAGGUUAGAUCAUUUUUCUGGUGUGACUAAAAUUCACUGAAUUAUAAACAAAGUUUUUCCUCUGCAUGUAAUGUGCCCAUUAUGGGAGAGGGUUCAUGAAGCAAGUCAUACGUACAGUGUAGCUUAAGUGACAACACUGAACAGGACGUGAAACCACAGAACGCCACAUGAGGCUUCUCCUAAGUAAGGGCUUUUCUUUAGAAGCAGUUAUAAGCAUGUCUUCAACAGACACCUUAAAAAAGGAGAGAGUUGUAUUUGACUUACGUAUGUAUAGUCUGACUAGUUUUUUUUUUCCAAGUAAUGAUUUCAUAGCUGGCAUUUAAAGAAUGCAACUAUGUCAUUUUGUUUUAAAAAUGCUGUGGAUUUUGAAACUGAAUUAAUGAGCUGUAUAGACACGCCCAGAGAUGUGAUUACAAAUUUGGAACUUAGAGGGUUCAGGAAUUCCCUAGGGUUGUGUGGGGGAGGGGCCGGGAGAACCUUUAGGUCGCUUAAACAGGAACCUUGGUGCUCUUUGACCUGGAAAGCCAAGGACAGGAACAUUGAAAGGGGACAAGUAAUUGGUCUCCUUUUCCUACUCUUAAGGAGUUUCAACACUGCACUUUAAAAAAAUAUUUCAUAUCCCAGCAAUAUUUUUUUUCUUUCCCCCAUAUAUUAGAAGCUGUGUUGAGAAACUAUGUCACUAGCAAGUAUUACCAAGAUAACAAAAACUGGCUACUCCUGAAUUUCGAUUGUUUGAGUUCUAAAGUGGGCUGCCUGACUUCAUAUGUCGGUGUGUUGGCAUUACCUCAAACUCAGAGACCCCACAGGGACGCAAAGAGAUCCCCUUCUAAGACUGCGUCGAAAGUGGGAAGCAGGGAUGGUUUUCGGCCAAGCCUCCAGAAGGGAUAGCGUCUGCACUGAGAGACCCAUGGUGACCAGCAGGUGGGGAUACCCAGGCUUAAGCUCUGGGAUCCCUAAGAUGUCACUGAGUGAGGUGGAGGGCCCCCUGCAGAUGCCCUUUGGGGAGUUGCAGGGAUCCUCAGCUGUAGACCCAGGGAAUCCCUCCCACUGCAGCCAGAGUCAGUCUCUGAUCCCCACCUGCAAAAGUGGCUGUUGCUGCUUCACAUCCUCCAGCGUUACGGGAAUGUCUUCAUUUUCCAAACUUGUCGCUCAUUCUGUAUCGUGAUGACAGAUAGCCCCUAAUGUCCUCAUUGUUCAGCCUCAGGUUUGUUUUGGGGGAAUUCAGUGUCUAGCCAAACAAUGGCCCCAUGUCUUUCAGGCCACCGUGUAGACGUGUUUGUGUGGCACUCCUGUUUCUGGGUUACACUCACACUGCUCUGGCAGACUUGUACACGCACGUUCAUACGCACUUGCACACACGCUUACACACAUGAUGUCUCAUCUGGCUAAGGCUUUUCAGAAAUUACAAAGGUAAAUAAUAAUCUGUUUCAGCGGUUGGAAUGAAUUGCAGUUGAGACUGUUUGAGCUACUGGAUCUAGCUCUUAGGAUUUGGAUUCAUUACAGCAAACUCCCACGGUUCAACAUAUUUGUUUACAUUAGUGUGACAACACAUUAACAGAAGUGGAGCAGUCUAAGUUGUAUAAAGUGAACUAGGAGGAAGAAAAGUGACAUGACUAUAUUUCACACAUGUCACAUUAAUUAGAAAACAAGUAUGAUUGAUUUUACUGUUAAAGUGGGCAUUCUUCACUGUUUCUAGACUUAUAUAUGUAUAUUUUUGAUUCCACCCACCCACCCAUUCCCUCCCCCUCUUUUUUUUUUUUUUUUUUUUUGCCAAAUAAGAUGUUAUUUUGGUCUUCUAUUGGUAGAAGUUAUGUUUAAAUACAACCAAUCAGGCCCUAAAUGCAAAAAAAUUCAUCUCGGUGCUUAUCACUGGUAUAAUUAUUAUUUUUGCUUUACUAACUUUGCUCUUAGGAGCAUAAAUUUGUAGCUUUAUGAUAAUGGAAUUUUUCUAGUCACUAUCAAAGAUUUUUUUACACUGUACAAGUGCAGGUUGUUUUCAGGAUUAAAUGAUUGGAAUUAAUGUAUAUAGAGUAAAAUUACUGGAAAACUUGUAAAUGAUUUUUCUUACCUUGGUGUUCUUUUUAAAAUACUCUUUGAAAAACAUAUGAAAAUGAUAAACUUUUAAUCAGAAUAAGCCAGUACGUUAAACAUUUUUUCUUUAUUUUUGACCUCAAGAUCUUACUGUUUUAGUUGUUCUAAAAGAAUGGGAAAUGGCUCAUGAACUUUUUUUUUUUAAUUCUUGAUGUGAAUUUCACGGUUGACUAACCUUGUGCAUUCGCGUGAAUGUACUGUCUCUCCAAGUAUUGGUUCCCUGUAACCAGACUCGCCUGACCAGACAUGGAUUCAUCAGGUGGUCAUUCUCAUGCUCUGCCCAACAAUAUCAGCGUUUUCACUUUGGUACAGUAGAGUCACACAUAUAAGCUGGUUAGAUUUUUAAAGACUGUGCCUUGGAAUGAAAUCAAGCAUGCUUAAAAUGAUCCCUGAAACUCUUAAAUUGCCAGCGAAGUUCUUUAUAUCGUCUUACAGGUCGAAUCCCUAUAGAGUGAUACAUGGGUAUGAAUAUAUUAUGAAUAUAGUGAGUACAAUAUACAAUAAAAACUACAUAGCAACAGUAGACAUUUAUAACACCAAUAAUUAAACUAUUUAAAUGUGUGUCUUGUUUUUGUUUUUUGGCCAAGAGUUAUGGUUGAAUUUCUGUGAAUUUAUUUGCUAAUCCCAUCCCUUAUUAAGACAGAUCUAGAGUGUGAGCUCCGUAAGGGGAGAGCUUUUUGUCUGGUGUGUUUGUGGAUAUAUCCUCAGAGCCUAGAACAGAACCUGGCACACAAUAAGCAUUCAAUAAAUAUUAACUGAAUGAAUGAACUCUCAUGUAUAUACCUAUUUAUAACCUGGCUCCAUUUAUCCUACUUUAUCUCCCAUUCAAUUCAAUAAAAAAUUUUUUUGUUAAAAAUC